AGUGGUAAGGGUUGGCACACUUAUUGACAUUAUUGCGCAUGUUGGCAAGUGUGGUCUCAUGAGUGAUCAGACAUCUCUGCCGUAUCCAGGUAUAUUUAACUUAAAUAUUAAUAACAGGUCAACCGACGCUCAGCACAUGGCAAUGUCUUACUAUCCUCAAACAGGUGCACGCUUAGAAAGUGUAGGCGUACCUGCCCCUACCCCGUUCUAUUCUCUCCGCCAUCCGGAUCAACUCCCUCGGUUUUUUUGCGGUGGUAUGACACAAGCUCCAUUUCUUUGCAUGCCUGUCUCCGACGUUCAGCCGCAUGAUCACAUGGGUGUCGCUGCGCACACUGACUGCGCUCAGUACCAACAUGCUUUUUACAACCCUCUUAUCCCUGCUAUCCAGACAACCCCCAACCAGGCAAGCGGAAACCAGCCGCUUAAUACUGCGCUACCUAAGCCAAUCCGUGAAAAGAAACCAUUAAGUGUGUUUGAUCCCAUAACAAAAUCAGAAGUCAAUCUAGAAGAAGCAUCAAAAAUCCCUUCUGAAUCACGCAAGAAAGAACCAUUACUUAUACAACCUAAGGCAGAUGAAUCACCACCCAUAUCUCAAACAAAAGACGAAAGCGAAAAGCCUGUUUGCACUGAGUAUAAUGAUGAAGGUAUAUCAAGCGUAGAGACGUCACAAGGAGAUGCCCCACCUAAAGAAAGUGUGGGCUCAGACGACUUGUGUAAUGAGGUCCUUGAGCAUGUCAAGUCACUAGAUGAACGCUUGUCACAAGAAGACGAAACCGAGUGGGAAGGUGCAAAAGAAGAGGAGGCAAAAGAGGAGACGAUAGACAGACAAAGAUAUCAACGUGACUUCAUUCUUUCUUGUAAAGCAUCAGGCGCUGUAUUGUCGUUAGAUAACUAUAGGGAUAUCAUGAAUAGCUUUGCAAAUAUCAAAAGGACUCGCAAUCAAUCUAAUUAUAUGCACAAAGGCCGAGUUAUCGAAAUACCCACAACUAUUACUAUCAAACGUGUUGAAGGUGCUUUCGUCCCAUCAAAACUUGUUAAUCACGGAGCCAAUAAUGUAACAGAUAACUCAAAGGAGGUCGCUCGAGAGCUAAAUAUGAUUUUGAACCGUGUUUCGGCUAGCAACUUAGAAGUAACUAUCAGUGAUAUUGAGAAACUUAACAUUUCAACCCCCGAAGAUCUCAGUCUAUUGGCAAGAACGAUUUUCCAAAAAGUUAUCAGGCAGUCAAAAUACAGUAAAGUUUUCGCGAAUUUAUGUAAAGACCUAAAAGGGUUUGAAGUACAAGGUUCAGAACGCUUUCCAGUGUUAAUUCUACAACAAACACAAGAGCUGUUCAACAAACCAUUGGAUGUGCUGAUAACUGAAUUAAACGCCACCAUUGAUGCUAAAAUUGCAGCAGCCAAGGAUGAAUCAAUAAAACGGAUGCUUGAAGAUGACCGGGAAACAAACAUACAAAAGACAACAGAUUCUUACUAUGGAAAUAUGACGUUCAUUGCUGAACUCUAUCUUGUUGGAUGUAUUCCAAUCAAGACUAUGACUGAAUGUCUGAAAAAAUUGAAAGAUUCUUCAGCUCCCGAAGCGUUAACCUCUCUCAUAAUUCUUCUAAAUAUAUGUGGCAGUAAUCUUGAAAAAAAUUCUAAGUCUGUUUUGGAUCAGUGCUUCAAGCGACUCGAACAGUUAAAAGAUUCGAAAAACAUUGAGACGCAUCAAAUUUUCAAAGUACGGGAGUUAGUGGAAUUACGUUCGCGUGAUUGGAAAUCUGCUAAUAUUACCCAACCUCAACCACAAAUAGAUACUUCUAGACGAAAUAUAGAUGAUAAACUAAAGCGGAACUUCAUUCAGUUAGAUACAAAACGUAAAUCUGUUCAGUCAGUGAAUCCCUUAACGCCUUCCAGUUUAGCUGUUACUCCACAGUCCUACGAUUCCCGAAAACUUGGUCCAACUGUGGCUAAUUGGAGUCAAGGUAGUGGUUUACUACGGCCUUCUGAAGAUAACCAUUCAAAACGCAAUCAACACUCAGUACACUCUCGUGAAUCAUCCCCACGUGUCCCUGUGGGACCACAGGGUGCAUGGGCUCGUCCUCUGCCGGUAGGACAAAAAGUAAAAGAAAAUGAUUAUGAAUCAAUGUUUGAGGAAACGAAGGGUUCUGCUCGUUCAAUAGUGGAUACGGUUUCAAGGUCGGAUGAUGAAUGUCAUUGUACUAUUGUCAAGUGUGAGCCUGAAAAACGUUCAGCUUUACUUCACAAUGUAUUUGAGCUUCUAAUGGACUGCAACUCAAAAAAGCGAAAUGAAGUUGGUCGCUUUUGUGUAGAUAUGCUUCAUAAAGGAAUCCUUACAGAAAAUAAUAUUAUUACAUCAUGUGAAAACUUCUUCAAAUUAUGCGAUGGUGAUUGGAUUUCAGAUUAUCCACAGGGUUGGCUUUACGUUGCAGAAAUCCUUCAUCAUCUUAUACGUGGUGAAUCCGAUUAUAUGACAACUCUUCUGCGGUCAGUUGAGUCUAUCCGAUCUGAUAACCGAGCUGCUGAAUUGGUGGCAGACUGUAUUAAACUAAGUAAAGCAUCUACCAGUGUUGAGCAACUUGUAAAAAAACUUCAAGGCUGUGGCUUUAUGUGGGACAAACUUGGUGUUACAGGAAGCAAAACAUGGGACUUUGUUUAUGAGCGGUCCAUAGAGUUCACCAUAAUUGGUGUUUAUAUUUACGAAUCUGGAAAACUCAAUGAGCUUAAUGAACUAACUACGAACCGUUCGUCUCCUGAUAAAAUUUCCAGUUAUUUUAAUACGCUAUCUCAACAUAAGCUGUCUAAAUGGUUUAUGCAAUCGAUCAUGCCAAUUUUGCUAAGAUCUCCAGGUUUGUCAGUUUUUACUGUCAUCGGUUGGUUUUAAAACCUUAUACUGAAUUUUCUUGUUGCAGUCUAAAUAUGGGUUUAUGGUAUCAUAUUGAAAUAAAAAAACUAUAUGUUAGAUUAACCUUGUUAAAUCUAAAUGUACUAUAGUUAACCUCAGAAUUGUCCAUGUAAAUAAAUUCAUUUUUGAAUAUUUCAAAGCAGUUGCAAUUCCAGGGAAUUUAAAAAUUAGCUCUUUGCAAAAAAUCUUCAAUUUUUGAAAAAGAUAACUGAUUCUUGUCUGUAUUCGUAUGUGAUGUCGGAUGGUGCACACAAUAUCCUUAAAUUGUAAUCAGCUUUUAAGAUUGUCUUUUUAUGUCUUUAUGUGUUAGUUUAUUUUAUGUGUAUUGAUGAUCAUUAUUUUUUACUUUUUGUACAGAUCAAUCAAAAACGAAGAUAGAUUCGUUUGUGAUGUCCCUCGGUAUUUUGGUUGACCACAAGCCUGAUAGAGAGCUUCACAUUCUAAAUGGCUUUCAAGAUCCGUCAUCGAAUCAAGCUCUUAUCGGGUCAUGGCUUACUUCGCUCGUUGAAAAGAAAGUGAUAUCGGCAGACGCUUUAUCACAAUGGAAAAAAAGUGAUAAUGAUGGUUCUGUAGCCAAAAUUCUCUCCGGUAUCCCUGAGUUAAGGAACUUAUAGAGGUUUAUUUUAUCUUUUGAUAAUUCUUUUUAUAAGAGCAGAUUUUUAUCUAAAUUGCUCACAUAAGACAAUGCUUAGUUAUUGCUGAAGUAAUUAAAUUAAUUCAAAGCAACUAUAAGUUAUCUUAUCAGUUGACCUGAAUAUAAACAUAAUCACUGACUCAAUUCACACCGUAAUUAGCGUAAUGCUGUACAAUAUUAGAUAUCAACUGAGACAUGCAACGUAAGCGUGUUGUUGUAAUAGAAACAAAAUAAGAAUUUAUGAAUAGCUUUUGUUUCCAGCCUUAUCAUAAACAUGUCAGUUUUAAUCUUCUUAUACUUCUCUUGUUCUCUUUGUACACAACUAUUUUUAACACUAAUACUGCCGCAAUGGAAGUCAUAAUUAUAAUACAUUCUAUUAGUUUUGUUGAUUUCUUCUUGAAAUGCACAUGUAUUUCCAUCGGUUAUUGAUAAUUUGUGAUUGCCUUGAUCAAUUUUAAUAACUUCGUCCUUGAUUACUGUGAACAAGAUAAAUCCUUGAGCACGUUUUAACUAUGCUUUCACCUGUACUGUCUCUCUUAUUUGCUGCGCAAUUUAAUGACAACCACUUCUACUAAUGUAUAAAAUACCAGUAGAAGAUACAUACAUAUAUAUAAACCCUUUAUUUUUUUGUAUUUAAAUUGUCCUGUUUCACUUGUUUAUAUCCCUCUUCUGAUAGUUAUCAUUCUUUGCACAAUAUUAAAUCCGGGCUUUUAAAUGGCGUGAUUGACUGUGAAUAUUCUUUCCUAAUUGUAAAGUUUGGCCAUAAAACUUUGUGCGCUGUAAUUUAGUGUUGGGUUUUCGGUUCUUCCAAUUAUUCUAUUGCGUGUUUGUUUUCUUUCGUGUGUUUUGCCUACUUGUAAGGUGUUUUCUUGUGUGUAGAUUUUUCAAUCUCCUUCAAAUAUCCAAUUCAUACUAUUAAUUAAAAACAUUGCCUACCCUACUAACUCAAACGCACUUUGUAUAAAAAAUGUACCUUCGAAUUAUGAAAUGUGUUUACCUUGGUUU